AUGGCUUCUGCACGAUCUGCAAUGCGGCCGUUUAACUGCUGGAAUUCAAUAUGCAGAGAAUUAGAUGUAUUCAAAUCCCAUCGGAGAUUCCUUACCACUGCCUACUCGGCGCCAAAACAGCGACUUCCCUUUCCCAAAGGACUCCCCGAACAAUUCCACGCGCAGAUUCCGAAAGCCUUCAGACCAGGAAAACCUACAAAAACAUUGAAAGUUUUCCAACCUCCGCCCUCUGCUUGCUCUACCUAUAAGACUCCAAUUGCCUCCUUCACUGCCGACCAACUCGCAAUUCUAGAUCCAACGGGCCAGCGGAAAUCUCUGUUCAAUAAAAAUAACCGGCAAGGUGCGAAAGUCGGUGACAUCCUUCGUGUGACUUUCAAGUCCGGCGACCCCUUUGCUGGCGUGUGUUUAAAUAUUCGGCGGCGAGGAAUAGACACGGCGUUUCUAUUAAGAAAUAGAUUAACUACUGUUGGAUGCGAAAUGUGGGUUAAACUAUAUAGCCCACAGGUAAAUAGUGUUGAAAUAGUUCAGCGCACUGAAAAGAGAAAGAAACGUGCUCGAUUAACAUAUAUGAGGAAACCUAAGCAUGAUUUUGGAACUGUCGAGCAUAUUGUUCAGAAAUAUCUACGUGAGAAAGCGAUUCUCAGUGGUGAAGCAGGCCAGAAAAGAGGUAAAAGAUAG